UAGAAGUGCAUUUAACGGGUGUCUGUAAAACUUGAAUUUCGUUGUAUUUGCAUGGGUGAUUUGAUUUAUAUUAAUACCAGUGGUUUAUCGACUAGGUAAUUGCAAGGCAUUUAAGAUUCAUGAUAUUACAUGCAUUGCCUAAUGCUGUUUUAACCCGUUAUUGAAAAGUAAUAUAAUAAAUCCAGAAAAACAUGGGUGAAUGAGUUUUAUAUGUUUGUUCAGUCAACCUUAUACAAACAAAAUACAAUAAUGUGAGUGUGUCUAAAACAUUUUUGUACUCAGUCAAAAUCUGUCAUUUUUAGGUUUAGUAAAAUCAAAAGUGUGUAUAAAUUAAAGAAGAGGUCAGGACUGUUGUAAUAACAAAAAACAACAAUCAAAACAUAUGCAUGUAUUUGACUAACCAAUAACUGUCUGUUUUGUGUCUAAUAAAAAAAAUCUUACAUGUUGUUCAUUCUCUCCCUUGCUUAAACCAGCUUUAAUCCUUCUAGUAGCAUGGCCUUGUAAACUAACGGUACUGUUUAGCGUGUUGACAAAAUGUUAUAUGCUCUCCUGCUUUUAAGUCGCUUUAGAUAAAAGCGUCUGCCAAAUGAAUAAAUGUAAGGAUUGAUGCGUCAUUGACAAUAUUAUUUACAGAUGAUAUUAACUUUUUUUUCAGUGGCUGUGGACUGGACAUUGUUUUUAUUUUCUUUAUUUCCAUUUGCUGGGUAGUACAGACCCAAGAUGGACACCAGAGGAAAAAAUGAGCCAAUAUAUAUGAGGACAUACAGUAAACGUAUGUGUAAAGUUGACCCUUGGCUCUCACCUGAUCUAAGAAAAGCGGCUUUCUCUUUUUCAAGCACACCUUCAUCAGAUCAGUCCAUUCCAGAGACCACACAACCCAAGAAACGAAUGAGAAUUGUAGCCCCACGUCCAGCUAAAAGCAAGGCCAUGACCGCCCUGAAAGAAAGUGAUGAGGAAAACAAUGAACCGCCUUCAUCAUUUAGAAAGAAAACGAAUGCUAAAGCAUCAGUGAAGACUUCAGCAAGGAAGACUAAAAUGACAAAAAAGCUAAAACAGAAUAUACAGUCAGUUUUCAGCAGCAGUGAAAAUGAGGACGACUCUCUUAUAAUAAAGAAAAUCCAUCCAAAAACAUCUGCUCAAGAAUGUGCUGACGUAGGGAGAGCGCUGGACCCGCCUCUUACGAGCCAGUUUGUCACACAUCGCAAAAGACCACUAGCACCUGUCCAAGAUCAGAAACACACCCGCAAGCGUGUUGUAAGUGACAAUAUUCUACAUGUUACAAUGGUGACUGUUUGCCAUAAAACUGUUUGUUCACAUUUCUCCCCAUCAUCUCUUUUCUCCCAGUCUGUCGCUCUUCAACGCACGCUAAAUUCCUCUGACGAUUUUCUCCCAUCGUUUUCACGAAACAAGCGACUUGUGAGCAAGAAACCGUCCUGCACUGAGAACUCUGACGUUCACAAGAACCGCAAAAGCGCCUAUAAACGCACAGCCCUGGGUGAGGUCUCUUUCAACGACAGCGAUGACCAGCAUCUUAUCGCUAAACGUCCUCUAUUGUCCAGCACCCCGUCCAUGGUCUGCAGACAGCUGCUGCACUUACCGGAGCCCUCCAUCAGUGAGAUCUCCUCCCUCAGUUUUGAUGAUCUUCAGCAACCCACGAAAAACAUCAGCGCACCUGGUAUGGUCUCAUCAUGUGGGAAAAGACAACAGCACCCAAAACCUACAAGAGAGAGAGUGACAGAGGAGGGAGGAGAGGAAUCUGUUGUUGUGGUGACUGCUAGGGAUGGAGUUGAGGAUCAGCGAAAAGAGGGAGGUGUGGGUGGCUCAUCUGCGCAGGCAAGCACGGGCUCUGGAUAUGCGCCACACCUUGAGUCUGUAGCAAAGGAGCUCAAGGAGAGGUGUCAGACAGAGGAUGCAGUCAUAGUGCUUGACAGAAUAAACAUUUCAGACAAACUCUCAUCCCAGAGCUGUCAUAGGAAACAGGGCGAAAGGAUUUCCUUAAACAGUUCGGAUUUCUCCGUGCUCGCAACAAGUCAGAGCACACAAACCAAUUCUGCUGUAUCAUCCAGGUGUUCUUCACCCCCCAAACCAUCUCUUCUACCCCUUUAUAUCUCACUCUCUAAAUCUCUCAAUUCCCCUUCACAUGCGGAAGCUCAAACUAGUUCACUAACAUGCUCGAACCAGCCCCUUGUUGACCGUCUUAAGGCUGAGUGUUUACUGUCUUGCCUCACUGUUGGAAUCCCACGUCUCGAUUUAGGAGCGUAUAUUUCUGUCCACCAGGAGGCAGCACCUUGCUUUGACUCUCCACACACCUGCCAAAAGGAUAAUGCAUCCUCUCCUAUUUUGAAAGGGCCUGAGAACUGCAAUAUUUCAUUAAAAGGUCCAGUAAAUUGUGGUGAUACCGAAACAGUUGUUCGCCGUCUGUCUGCAUCAUUCCAGCCACCUGUGGCUCUGAGUGAGACACGGCCACCAGCUGUGCCCAAAGAGCGCACAGGUGCGGCCACGAGCACCGGCCGUAAAGUCUGCAUGAGUGGACUCAACGUCAGCCGCUGGUCAAGAAGGGCUACCGGAGAACGCAACGAGAAGUGGAGGAAAAAAGAAGGAAGAACUAAAGCAACGUCUGGAGACUCGAGCUCAUGGGGCAGCAUGUUGUCUACUGGGGCGGAAACUUUCGCAGGGGAAUCGGCAUGUGGCUGGCUGGAGGGCAAUGGUGGGAUUGGUCUGGCUGUGACGCCUCUCAGAAUGGACCAGAUGAAUCUCUCCUCCAUCCUAGCCAACCUCACGCCUGACACACUCACCACGACCAACUGGGGCCGAUUAAAGGCAUCACUAUCACUGCAUAAGAAGAAAACUGCAUUUCCUACCCCUCAACGUUUGGCUCAUCUGAGGACUCCAGGCUCUCGGUUUACAGCUGACACUAGUCUUGACCCGUUUUCUUCCCCUGUCUGCACACCUUUAUCCAGAUUUACGCCUUCACUCCUGGUCCGGUCCACCAUAAAUAGUUCCAUGUCUCAAUGUGAUGAUGACAUCAGCGAUGCAGAGAAAGUAUAUCAGGAGUGUCAACAGAACGGCCCACUUUCCUUCAGCGACUGCAUCCCUCCAUCUCGAAUGAAGGUUUGCACCAAGAUUGGCGAAGGAACAUUCGGUGAAGUCUUCUCAACCAAAAUUGACUCAAACCAGACGGUUGCUCUCAAAAUCAUCCCUGUGGGGGGAAGCGUGAAGGUCAAUGGUGAACAACAGAAAACAUUUGGUGAAAUUCUCCAUGAAAUCAUAAUUUCCAAAGAGCUGAGCAGCCUUAACGUAAAAGAAAUCAAUAGGACAGACGGUUUCAUCGGACUCAACAAUCUUCAUUGCGUCCGCGGGCGGUACCCGAAAGCUUUGCUUAAAGCCUGGGAUAAGUUUGACUGCCAGAAGGGAUCUGAGAAUGACAGACCUGAUUUCUUUGAUGAUGAGCAGUUGUUUUUAAUCCUGGAGUUUGAGUUUGGAGGGAGUGAUCUGGAGAACAUGAAAGGAAAGCUGUCCUCCAUGGCCCAGGCCAAGAGUGUUUUACAUCAAGUGACUGCAGCUCUGGCCGUAGCUGAGCAAGCACUGUGCUUUGAACACAGAGAUCUUCAUUGGGGGAACAUUCUGGUGAAGAACACAAAGCAGAAACACAGCGAGUUCAUCCUGAACGGUACAGUGCAUUCCACAGAGACACGAGGAGUUCACGUCAAUAUAAUUGACUACUCGCUGUCACGUCUAGAGAUCGAUGGUCUGACAGUGUCUUGUGAUAUCUCAGCCGACAAGGAUCUGUUUAUGGGUCAGGGAGAUUACCAGUUUGAAAUCUACCGCCUGAUGAAAAAGGAAAACAAUAAUUGCUGGUCAACAUAUAAUCCUCAUUCCAACGUGUUGUGGCUGCACUAUCUGGCUGACAAACUGUUAACCAUGAGCUACAAGGCCAAAGCUCAGUCCAGCCAACAGAAGACACUGAAGAGCACCCUCAAGUCCUUCCAUUCAGAGAUAUUGAAAUACGCGUCAGCCACAGAAGCUCUUAUGCAGUGCAAAUUCUUUCAGUGAAAUGUGUAGA